AUCUGACAGAUAUAUAAAGAGUGUUUUUAUCAAACAGAACAACACAAGAGGCACAACACAAAUGGUAAAACAGAUCUCUGCUGUGAUCUGCUGUGGGAAAGAUUGAGAAGAUGGCAAUGAUGGUGUUUUUGGUGGCUCUUCUUCCGGCUGUACUGGGCAGUGACUGUAAAUUCAUGCCAUUCGACUGUUCUGACAUUUGUAACUCAGGACAAAAAAUCAGUGGGAUUUAUCCCAUCUAUCCAGCGGGCGACGCUCCCCUCUGGGUUUACUGUGAGAUGAUCUCAGAUGGGAAAGUUGAAGACAAUGGAGGAUGGACGGUGAUUCAGAGGAGAAUGGACGGCAGUGUGAACUUCUAUCGGCCGUGGGAUCAGUACAAGAGAGGAUUUGGGAAUGUGGAAAGUGAAUACUGGCUGGGGCUGGAGAACAUGAACCAGCUGACACGCAACAGGAGGUACACGCUGAGAGUGGAUCUGGAGGACUUUGAAGGAAAUCAAGUUUUUGCGGUGUACUCCUCUUUCUCUGUGGGUCCUGAAGCUGAUGGGUAUCGACUGCAUGUUUCAGGAUUCAUAGAUGGCGGAGCAGGUGAAUCUUUGUUGUACCAUGACGGAGAGAAGUUCUCCACCUUUGACAAGGACCAAGAUUCCUAUGAACAUAACUGUGCCGGUCUGCAUCUCGGCGCAUUUUGGUACAAAAACUGUCACGGCACAAACCCCAACGGUGUGUAUUUAUGGGGAAAAACUCCAAAUACAAACUUUUUUGCCAUUGGAGAUGUUUGGCAAAGUUGGAAGGGGCUUGAUGUCGGUCUGAAAUCUAUCCGCAUGAAGAUCAAACGUGUGUUUUAGAAACAUCAGUGUUUUCAGGAACCAAUGUCUGAUAUUAUUUUCAUCAUUUGAUAGAUGUGAAGGUUUAGCUUUUACUUUAUCUUUGUUUUUGAUCGUUUGAUUUACUAUUGUAUAAAUGUAGCAAACCUUCAAAUAAAUUUCAACUGCAUUGAAAGGA